CCUGCCAUGCCAGUAUCACACGUCGGCUUGACUGUUUCUCACGUACCUUCUGCGUGCUCUUUCUUCCUCGCGGCGCUCCAACCUCUUGGAUACAGAUACGUCGGCAAUCAAGGCGAUUCUGUUGGCUUUGGCACCGACGACGCCGACUUCUUCUUGAGUCCUGAAUAUCCCUCGAAGCAACGCACAUGUGGCAUUUUCGGCGACCAGCAAAUCGGCGACUUCUAUGCGGCUGCACUUACCGCUGGCGGUCAACCAAAUGGCGCACCUGCCUUUAGAAGCUGUAACGAUUGCAUCUUUAAUGCUGCAGUGCUCGAUCUCGACGGCAACAGCAUUGAGGUUAUCUACCACCAACGCGAAGAAGACGAUGCAUACACCACUAUCUCAGGAGGCAGCCGUGUCCUGACAUGGAGAAGAGGCAUCGUAAAUGUUCUGGGCGAUGAGGACAGAACCACCUUUGUGUCGGCACGGAGAACCCAUCCUGACACCGAGAAGUUGACCACGUCAAGCAUCGCCGAAUCAAUACCUCGUUCCAAAGCCCCCACUGUCACCAGGACUGCAUCGAUGCCCACCAUCUCACCUGAGAGCUCUGAGUCUGGAUUCCAGAUAACUGGCAAAGCCAUUAUAGGAACUAUCCUUGGUGCUGCAGCUGGCGCGGCAGUUGCUUACGCCAUGGUGAAGAGCGAACAAGACAGCGCGGACCAAGAAGCAGACUUUGCCGAAGCGAUGAGUAGAAGAGCUGCGUCUAGCAGAGCAUCUAGUAAGACACCUAGCAAGAUUGCUCCGAGUCAAGCUCAAAUUAGCAAGGCGAAGACCGUGUUGAGCUCCGCGACAAUGAGCAAGACAGCGCAGGCAAGCAGAAUGCUCGAACAACCCGCUGAGAAUGUGACUUCCCGGCCGAGGAUGAGAGUGCAUCGCAACUAUAGUACCACGGAUUCUGUGGUUGCGUCUAGAGUGAUGGAACAGUUCAGCGAUGUUGAAUCUCAACCCCCAACUCGGUCACACAGGACGCGCUCCGUGCGAGCAAUCGAAGCGGCUCCCGAGCCGCAGACAAUCGACACGGGCUACCACAGCCCUACCUAUGUUUCUCUGGCACCCACUUCGAGGACUAGCAAGAAGCCCGAGAAGUCGGAGGCGCUCUACUUACCAGCGUCGCGAGUUGUUUCCCACACCGCAUCAAGAUCUCCUUCAGGUCCACCAUCGAUAGCACCGACAGAAAGGCAGAUUGAAUACAUACCGGCCAUAGUCAGUCAGCGACCCUCCAUCGUGUCUCGUCGAGCGGUGACAUCGCCUCCCUCUGUCUGCAACACAGAUCGUCAGAUUGCGGAUGUCCCAGCACAAGCUCAAGAAUGGCCGUCACAAGAUCUUGUGAUUGCCCGCCGAGACAGUGCGAUGAGCAUGUACUCAACACAUUCGAGCAAGAGCAAGCAUAGCAGACACACUUACAGAGGCUCUCCUAGAAGCCAUCACGACGAGCGAAGAGANUACCCUCCCGAUCGAGUCAGUAGACACUCUCAUCAGUCUAGCAGACACCGCGAAGCGUCAGUCGUAAGCCAUCGAAGCGAACAUCGGGCAAGCUCGCCAGAUCGGUCAAGCAGAUAUCGCAAUCCAUCUAGCCAUCGUUCAACGACAUCGAAGAGAUCUUCCAAACAUCGAUCCAGUACACACAGAGACGUGUCGCCGUACGAUAAUUCUGAUACGAGCGCCAUCAAAGCCAGCCAGGUCAAUGGGUAUCGACAUUACUCUGCCGUAGGCAUACCACUACCUGAAUCUCGCAAGACAUCGGUCGUCUCAGCAGUAGAAUUGCCAUUACCGGGUUCAAGAAAGACGUCAGUGGGUUCUGCCGCAGAGUACGCUUUGCCAGUCUCAAGAAAGACAUCUAUUGUGUCGGGUGCAGACUUACCGCUCCCAGGCUCCAGGAGACCAUCCCUGGUUUCAGCCAUGGAAAAACCUCUACCAAUGUCCAGAGCUGCUUCGACGAUAUCAGCUCAUCAGAUCGCUCUUCCAGAGUCUCGAACAGGAAGUAUCGUUGGUAGUAUCCUCGGCCGUCAACCACUGGUACAGGAAGGAGCCUCGGCCGCUGAUAUACCAUUGCCAGAGUCACGCAAGACCAGUGUCGUAGGCAGUCUGCUCAACAACGACCCAAUACCUCGUAUCGACGACCUUGAAACUGUAGCUCCAGAUGAUAGCGUUUCCUGCGUUGCAUCUCGGCAUACUCGACACGAACGUGACGAGUCUCGUCACCGCGAACGCAGCCAUGACCGCGAGUCCAGAAAAUCGAGUUCCAGCAAGAAGCAUCGACAAAGGUCGUUGCACGGUGAAGGUUCGAGACGGUCGAGUAGGCACUCGGAGGCAGGCAGCGAUGCUACCGUCAAGUCGUCGAAGGGCAGUAGACGUAGUGCUGUUAGUUUGCCGGUGCAUGGGAGGAGCAGAACUGGUAUCGAGAAGGAUGAGAAGAGGGGCCAGAGAAGUUUUGUGAGUGUUGCUUUUGGAGGUAGAUAA